UAUCUGGUGUAAAUUCCUAUUGUGUUCGAGUUUACGAGACAUGGAACAAAAUGAAAGGAUUAGUGAAAUGGACGCUCUGCUGUUCGCGUUGUCGUUCGAGGUGGUUUUACUGCAAAUGAAGAUUUUAGAGGGCAGUACGAAGCUGAGGUUGGCAGACUGGCGGCCGGCAAACAAAAUCGAGAAACUACAGGAAAUAAAGCUAGAGAAAGACCGGUCGCUGGUAAAUGACGUGAUUAGAAGGACUCUCAUCGAAGUAGCAGAAACAGGAAGAUGGCAGGCGAUCACGAAUGCUGUGGAUCUGCUCAAACAGUCGGAGUGUGAUGUAGAGUCAUUGAGAGUCACCAACCAACAUCUCAGAACAACUCGUAAAACACUGGCAUCAGAAUUAGAUGCGAAAAGAAAUCAAUGGGCGCUGGAGCUGCACAACGCUGAUCAGAAAGUACCUGUUCUUAGAGACAAAAUGAGUGAUGACCUUCACAAUGCAAACACGCGGUUGUGUUACGCUGAAAAAUGGCUGUUCGCACGUUAUGAGUCUUUGGAACUAAAGCUGGACGUGCCACGAGCACCACCACCGCGCACCGACCACGAACAGCGCGUCCACGAAGAGUUGCUCAAAGCUUAUGAACUACAGAUCGAAGAGCAUGAGAAAAGUUUGGAAUACUGGCGACAUCGUUACGACAUCGAUAUUGCUGAAAUAAGCUCUAGAAGCCAGAAAAAAUUGGAACAGCUACUCAUCGCCACAAGCAAGAGAACUGAACUACAGAAAUUGUAUGACCUACACGAAGGUGAAAUGCGAGGAUGGUUAACAUUCAAACAAGAACGAGCUGCCCGUUUAGAGCGCGAAGAGAAAUUGCGGCAGUCCGCCAUGCGUAUACAGGCAUGGUGGCGUGGUGUCAUGGUGCGUCGGGCUCUUGGACAGUUCAAAUAUCUCAAAAAUGUCAAAGGAAAGGGUAAAAAGAAAUAAGUUAGAACAUAUUAUUUUCAAAUAAGAUUAAAAAAAUUA